AUGCGAUUGCCGAUCAUUCACAUUUCGGUUCUGAUGUCCCUGCUAGCCGUAGCAGCCGAGGAACAAAAAAAUGACGAGAAAAUGAAGAUGGUUCUCCGUCAGAACAGUCUUUCUAAAGUGGAAAUCUCAUCACAGUCGAGGGAAGACUUCACCACUUACAUGUCAACCUUCUGCUUAGCUGUAACUGAAUGGGAACCAUCAUAUUUCCUUCAAAGCUAUAUUCCAUGGGAGCAAGUCGAGUUUCUGGACAGUCUCAAGGAAUUUUUGGAACCAUCAAAUGACAAACGCAUGGCUUCGUACUUCAACCAUCUCGGCCACAACACUCCGAAUAAUUGCUCGAUGAAGAAUGAGAAAAAGAUUCGAGACUCGCAUAACGAAAUCUCUCAGGAAACUUUGUUUGAUAACUACAUGUAUGAUCAGAUGACACGACACGAAUGGACGCCCCUUUAUAUGUAA